AUGAGCUCUCUCUCGACUCGCGACCUGGCAUACGGCGCCCUCUUCAGCCUGACGUGGGUAGUCGUGGUCCAUGUCAUCUGGCGCAUCGUGCAUUAUCGCUACUACCAUCCCUUACGACACUAUCCAGGUCCAUGGCUGGCAAGUGUUACACGCAUGUGGCUGGCAUGGCACCACUUUUGGGGAACCGAGCUGCAUGCGCAGUGGGCGCUCAUCAAGAAGCACGGUAUUCCGGGGUGUUCAGUACCAACAAUCCUUGCAGGACCGGUGAUCCGUAUCACGCCGACCAUGCUGCUGGUGGCGGACAGCAAAGAGAUGCCCAUCAUCUUUCAUCGCAGAGACACCAAGUCUCGUUUUUACUUGCAAGGCUAUGUUGGCAAGAGUAACAGCAUCCUGCUUCGAGAACCAGGUGCUCAUGCCGCACAUCGCCGCCUUAUUGGCGCUCCAUAUGCUCUUGCAAACAUUCAGCGGACGGAGCCAUUGCUUGACAAACAUAUACUGCACUGGAUUAGCACCAUUGACGCAAGAUAUGCUGCCCUCGGCAAGCCAGUAGACUUCUCGCACUGGUCUCACUUCCUGGCAUAUGAUACCAUCACCGAUUUGGGUUUCAGGAAUCCUCUUGGCUUCGUCAAGGCCGGCUCUGACGUUGGCAACCUCAUUGGGGGCUUCCGGAUUGGCAUGCUCAUGUUUGGUGUGGCAGGUCGCUUGUACCCUUUCACGGAGAAGCUGCUCAACUCGUGGUUCAAAAAGUGGCUGGUCGUUCGCACGGAACAGCAGUUGGGCUUCGCAGUAGUCAUGGAGAAAGCUGGAGCAAUCCUUGCCGAGCGCCGCGAUCGUAUCAAGCGUGGUCUCAAGGCCGAGAAAGGAGAGGGAUCGUACGAUCUUUUGCAGGCGUUCAUGGAUGCUCGCACGCCGGACGGCGACCAUCUCGCUGACGAUACAAUCGUCUCUGAAAUUUUUGUGGUCCUCGGCGCCGGCUCGGAUGCCUUCGGAAGCGCGUCGACAGCCUUCAUGGCAUCGAUAUUAUCACGGCCCACCAUUUUCAGACGACUCAUGGAUGAAUUGGAGGAUGCGAUAGCUGAUGGGAAGCUGAGCUACCCGGUCCCGUCUUACGCCGAAGUAUCGCAGCACCUGCCCUACUACGCCGCCUGUAUCAAGGAAACGCUGCGAUUGGACCCGAGCGGCGCCACUCUCCUACCUCGCGAAGUCUGCCCAGGCGACCCAGAGCUGAUCCUGAACGGCCAUGUAGUCCCCAUCGGCACCGAAGUGGCCAUGAAUCCAUGGAUCGCGCAUCGGGACGUCAACCUGUACGGUCCAGAUGCCGAGGAGUACAACCCAGAUCGCUGGCUCAGUGAUCCCGCGAGGACCAAGAUAUACGAGAAGUAUAACCUCGCCUGGGGUUAUGGCGCUCGUCUUUGUCUUGGCAAGCCCUUUGCCAUGAUGGAGCUCUACAAAGGACCGCUCUCAUUGCUCCUCAACUUCGAUGUGACCAUUGCUGAGAUCGGACCGAACACGCCGGCGCCGCAUUCGGAGAUGUAUGCCACGGUGAAAGUAUGGGGAGACGUCUGGUUGCAGUUGCAGCGCAGUGAUCGGUGGUCGUCGUGGUCGUCCUUGGGUAAAAGCCACAUUCCGGGCGAGAUUGAAGACAGGAGCGGGCAGGACGGCGAGACUGAGGUGCGGUGA